AUGAAGUUCCUCACUGAGAGAAAAACGCAACAAAUCACCAAAUAUUCUGUAAAAAUCAAAACCCUCGAAGAUGUUCCAAUGCUGUGGUUUAAUGUGCGAAUUUUAAAAUUCUGGUCGGUGCUUAUCGACAAUAAUUGGCGUCAGUACUUUUCCUAUAUACCGUUUUUCUUUUUGAAUAUUUUUCAAAUACUGGAUUUGUAUUAUACGGAAAAGGAGAUCAAUGAUAAGAUACACGAUACCUAUAUGACAAUGAUAAUAUUCAAUACAUUUCUGAGAGCCAUUGUAAUGGUAACAAAUCGAAGGAAAUUUUCCGAAUCUCUGGAGUACAUGAAGGAUUUGUAUGCGGAGCUAAUAAUGGAAUAUGAUUUUGAAAUACGACAAAUUAUACGAAAAUAUUCGGAUAUGGUGUUGAAAGUAUCGAAAAUUAAUCUCACAAUGGGCAUUCUGACGUGCGUGGGAUUUUCCAUGUUUCCCAUAAUGGCCGAGGAGAGAGAAUUUAUUUUCGGCAUGUAUGUACCCUAUCUGAACGAGUAUCAAACUCCUUGGUAUGAAAUAUUGCUGGCCGUGCAAAGUGUCUUAAAUCUUUCGGGGAUGUGUACGUUUAUACCAUUUGCAGGAAUGUUCGUCUCAUUUCUGGUCUUUGCCAUGGCCAUAUCUAAGGUCCUACAAUACAAACUGAGUAAAUUGUCCACAGAGAUCUCUUCGAAAUUGGCUGAAAGGCAAAUUAUUGAGUGCAUAAAAUUGCAUCUGAAGCUUAUUAGUUUCAUAGAUAAAGUCAAUGAAUUGUGCUCCAUAAUAUUCCUGGUGGACUGUAUACUAUUUGUUGCUAUUCUGUGCAUUAUGUUGCUGUCUUUUAUAUUGGUAAAAACUGUUAUACAAAAAUGUGUCAUAGUCGUCUAUAUGAUAAUGGUAUUUACCCAAACUUUCCUCUUGUAUUACUUUUCGAAUGAAACCUAUCACGAGAGUUUGGAGAUAUCCACAGCUGCCUAUAACAUUGAUUGGUUUAAUUAUGAUGUCGAAACCCAGAAAGUUUUACAGUUGCUGCUGCUAAGAUCCCAGAAACCAUGUGCAAUUUUAAUCGCCAAAGCUUACCCCAUCAAUUUGGUCAGAUUGCAAGCUAUGUUGAGGGUCACCUACAGCGUAUUUACUUUGUUGGACAAGUUUUAUGGAUAA